GCGGCGCGCCAGCUCAUUCAUGUUGAAUCAAAGUGAUGCGCCAAUCCAGCUUGGGCUGGCACUAAUGUACGUUUUGUCUCAACCACGUCCCCUGGUUCCUAAAAAAGGUUGGCGAUCGCAGUGUGCGAACGGGAAACAGAGCGCAGCCAAACACCACCAAAUGCAUGAAAGCGCCUUGCUGGAGCGCGUCACCUGCUUCUUGCUGACAGCGAGCCCGUUGUAUCUUUCGCACGCUGGUACCAUUAGCAGGGAUGUGACGCCGUAAGCGACGCUUCUGCCACGGGAAACUUCAUCCGCUACAAAUGGGGAGCUGAGAGCCUUUUCGGAGCGGAGGAAAGGAAGUUAUUAAGGAAAAGUUGUGCGGAAAUGUCUGUGAAAUCCAGCGCGGUUUUGCUCAACGACACGGAUGGCCAAGACAUGAUGGAUUUCCCUGAAGUUAAAAAGCAUAUGAACUUAGUUCUUUUCGGUCUAUCCUUUGUCAUUGCCUUCGUUACUUUGGUGGGAGGCGUGUGUUCCCUCAUAUUUUUGCUCAAGAUGCGACGAAAGACGUCGCUUUCUCUCAUAGUGGCUUCCAUGUCCAUUGACGACCUGAUCAGCGUCAUCCCGGUGUCGCUCUUCAUCCUGGGUCAGUGGCAGGGGCACCGCGCUGGGAGCGCGUCCUGCACGCUGUCCGCUCUUCUCUACGUAUUCCAGGGUGUGUCCAGCAAUAUGAAAGCCUCUCUCAUUGUCGCCUACACUUUCUGCGUUACACGGCGCUUCACAGUGUUUCGAUGUGCCCGAAGACCGUUGAUCGUAUGGUGGGCGAUAGCUGCGGUGUGGGUCGCCAGCCUGGCAGUCAGCCUGCUGCCCGUGUGCGGCUGGGGAUCCUUCUCGCAGACAUCUCUGGGAUGCUUUGCGGAGGGCAGCAGUUCUUACGCGUUGCUCCUUUUCGUGCUGUACUCGCUGAGCUUUUGCGGCUUUGUCGCAUUUUCCAUCCCUCUUACCUACCAGCUGCUGUGCUCCGGGGAACCCGAGAAGGAGUUUCACCCUAACUACGGGGGAUCGGCUGCAGACGGAUCGUCCCCGCUCUGCCACAUCCCCUCUCUGUCCCGAGAUAGUCUAGAGAAAAGUUUGGAGACUUUCAGCGAGAUUAAUUCCGAGCCUGUCGGUUUGAACAGCCACACCUGUCCGACGUCUGCGGCUCAAAACAGCGGAAAGGAGGCAGCGCUAAACUCCGCAAACUCCACUCAGGUGUUUGCGCAAAAGCGCUUUUCCUUCAUCAUGGCGAUGGUUCGCAUCCUUUUGUGGAUGCCGAUGAUGGUACAGAUCCUAGUGAGUCACGUUGUUCAGGUACGGAGCCCCGUCUUCGAGACACCCAGCUUCUUCCUGACCUUACUGUCUGCCACCAUCACGCCGCUUUUCUUCUUAUCCAAACGCUGGGUUCAUCUGCCCUGCGGAUGUUUCAUCAACUGUCGGCGAGACGUGGCCCCGCAGCCGUCUGCUGGGAAAAAGAGGGGAUUUGAAUUUAACUUGUCAUUCCAGCAAGGUUAUGGAAUUUAUAAGAUUUCCCAGGCAAAGCUGCCCACGACGGAGACACCCCCAUACCACAGCUUGUUUGACUAUGAGUGCACUGAGAGCAAACCUGCUGCAGUGGGAGGUGGGCUCAUUUCAAGGGGCCCAAGUGAUGACUUUAGGAUCGCAGCUGAGGACAGCUCUCAGGGCUGGGGCAGGCGGGCAGUUGCCCCCCGCGAGGCCUCGUCAGACGGCUAUGGGCCCGGUCCUGGCUCGGCCCCCGGGCCGACUGCAGAGGACCACAAUCUAGACAACUCAUCAGUGUUCGAGGGCCCAGAACGAAGGCUUUCCCACGGGGGAAGCCGGAAAAUGGAGCUGAGCGACUGGGAGUGGUGUCGGAGCAAAUCGGAGAGGACGCCGCGGCAGAGGUCCAGCGGUGGGCUGUCCAUUCCACUGUGUGCCUUCCAGGGCACCGUGUCCCUCCACGCCCCCACAGGGAAGACGCUGUCCCUGUCUACUUAUGAGGUCAGCAGUGACGGACUCAAAAUAUCCCCAAACAACAAGAAGGUGGAGGUGUACCGAUCCAAGUCUGUGGGCCACGAGCCCCGGACGGAGGAGCCUGCUGAUAGCACCACUGGCGACACCAACGUGAAGAUCCACCUGGAGGUGCUGGAGAUCUGCGACAAUGAAGAGGCUAUGGACAGCGUCUCCAUCAUCUCCAACAUCAGCCAGUCCUCGGCACACGCCCGGUCACCGUCGCUGCGCUACUCCCGCCGAGAGAACCGCUUUGUGUCCUGUGACCUGGGAGAGACAGCAUCCUACUCUUUGCUCAUCCCCACCAACAACCCCGACUCUGACAUCAACAUCCACAUUCCUGACACGGUGGAGGCUCACCGCAGGAAUAGCCGAAAGCAGCACCAGGAAAGGUCCGGGUACCAGGAGGAGAUCCAGCUGCUGAAUGAGGCCUACAGGAAGCAGGAGGGGGCCCGAGACACCUAG